GUAGAAUGCCAGUGGUGGGCUUUGCAGAGAAUCAGGGGAUUGGAUAGGUCCACUGCAACUCUCAGUUUGUUAGCCUCACUUACAGUCUCUCAUUCAUCCAUCACCCUAAUAAGUUAAAUAUGAGGCUCCUAAGGUCUGUUUUGCGGCAAUUACACAGGCCUCUGAAUACAUGGACUUCCACACAGUUUCUGCGGGGGAUACCAAAGAGACGCAGCUACGCAACGUCCAUUUCAGCAGCCGAGCUCGAAUUCGGCCAACCUGUCCAUGAGACUCACCCUCACAUCCUCAAGCCCGGUGAGAUAACUCCCGGCAUCACGGCCCAAGAGUAUGCCGACCGCCGUGCCAAGCUCGCCUUCAGCCUACCCGAGGGCGCCGUGGCCGUCCUGCCCUCUGCCGAGGUCAAGUACCGCUCGGGGGCCGUCUUCUACCCGUUCCGGCAGGAAUCCAACUUUCUCUACUUGACCGGCUUCUCAGAGCCUCAGUCCCUCGCCGUCAUCCGCAAAACCGGCCCCUCCCUAGGCGACUACACCUUCCACCUCUUCUGCCGGCCCAAAGAUGCCUUCGCGGAGCAGUGGUCCGGGCCCUGGUCCGGCCUCCGCGCAGCCGAAGACGUCUUCAACGCCGACUCAACAGGCGACAUCGCCGACAUCUCCACCCUGCUGCCCCCGCUCCUCCGCGAUGCCUCCCGCAUCUACGCCGACGUACCCCUGCACACGCAGGACGCCUCCUCUCCCUCCUCCUCUCCCUCAACCUCUCUCACCUCAGUCCUCCGCUCCCUGCAAACCCGCAUCUCCGCAGUACCCCUCGCCCCGCAGAUCAACCCGCUGCGCGCCAUCAAAUCCCCGGCCGAGAUCGCCGUCAUGCGCCACGCAGGGCGCGUAUCCGGCCGCGCCCUGACCUCGGCCAUGCGGCGCGCGUGGACGAGCGAGAAGGACCUGGACGCGUACCUAUCCUACGCCUUCACGCAGGACGGCCUGUCCGGCCCGGCCUACGUGCCCGUGGUGGCGGGCGGCUCGCGGGGCCGGAUGAUCCACUACACGCAGAACACGGCGCUGCUGCGGGAGGGCGAGACGGUGCUGGUGGACGCGGGCGGGGAGUAUGGGUGGUACAUCACCGACAUCACGCGGGUGUGGCCGGUCGGCGGGAAGUUCGGCGCGGCGCAGCGGGAUCUGUACAGCGCGGUGCUGCGCGUACAGAGGAUGAGUGUCGCGCUGUGCAGGGCGAGCAGCGGCCUGUCGCUGGACGAGAUCCAUCGCGCGGCGGAGCGGGCGCUUCAGGAGGAACUGGAGAAGUUGGGGUUUGAGUUUGGGUGGAAGACGGAUGUCAUUGGGAUGCUGUUCCCGCACCAUGUCGGUCAUUAUGUUGGGUUGGAUGUUCAUGAUGUGCCGGGGUAUCCGCGAUCGAUGCCGCUGCGGGCGGGCCAUUGUGUGACUAUCGAGCCCGGCGUGUACGUGCCGGAUGACGAGCGGUUUCCGAAGCAUUUCAGGGGGCUGGCCGUCAGGAUCGAGGAUAGUGUGUGCGUAAAUGAUGACGGGCCGGUCGUGUUGACGCCUGAAGCAGUCAAGGAGGUCGAGGAUAUUGAAGCACUGAGGUAGGGGUAGGGUCACGUUCAUCGUUGUGUGUAUAGCAGCGGUUUAGUCAUCACCGUGUACACUAGCAGUCAUUGGGGGUUUGUGCGAGAUAGAUUGAUGGGUAU